AUGCAGUAUUAUUACAGCAGAAUAAUUGUUAGUAUAGUGGGCCUAAAGAAAUGUAUAUCACAAAAGCCAGAUAGAAUACUAAAGAAAGAAAUGUGUAUGGUAUUCUGGAGGAUCAAAAAAUUGAAUAUGAGCUUGGAGUAA